ACCAGUUCUUCUGGAGAAAUCCAGAUGGCUUCCAUCCACUUUGGCGCUGAGCGCUACCCUCUCUCCUCUCUUUCUCUUUCUUGCAGCUCGAUUCUUCUCUUCCAGGUUUUCUUGCGGCGAUGGCGUGCCUGGCCGUGGACAAUGCGUGGUGCCAUCGGUUCGAGGCCUCCAUCCCCGAAGCUCGGAGCGAUUUGAGCUCUCGGAUUGCGUUUCCAGCGUCGCGCCAGAGGAGAUUCCUCAAGUGUCGCAGUCGACCACGUCGAUCACAGUGGCUUCUCAAGGCCUCCGGGUCGGACGAUAAGUCAAAUUCCACUCCCAGUGGCACCAAGACUGCUGACAAGGAGGAAGAGAAAGCUUCGGAUUCGCAAGAAAAGCAGGAGGAGCAGCCACAGGAGAUCAAGCAAGAGAUUGAUUGGAAACAAGACGAGGAUUUCAAGAAGUUCAUGGGAAAUCCUUCCAUCGAGGCAGCGUUGAAGCUGGAGAAGAAGAGAGCCGAGCAAAGACUCAAGGAGCUAAACAACGAGCAGGGUGGCAACGUUUUCACGGGCCUGAUACAAAACAUAUCACGAAGUAUCGUCCAAAGAGAAAAGGAUAGGCUGGAGCAAGUCGAGCAGAAAUUCAAGGCACUGGAUCUUGGCAAGUUGAAAAGCUGCUUUGGAUACGAUACAUUCUAUGCGACCGAUGUUCGCCGCUUUGGAGACGGUGGAAUUUACAUUGGAAACUUGAGAAAGCCAAUCGAUGAAGUGAUCCCAGUAUUGAAAGAAAGGCUGGCCAAUGCCGCUGGAAGGGAAGUGACGAUCUGGUUCAUGGAAGAGGAGGAUCGGGAAGGCAACGACAUAAAAAAACAAGUUUGUGUCGUUCAGCCCAAGGAGGAAAUCGACCUUCAAUAUGAGCUUUCUUCACUGAACAAUGUUGCGGGGUACAUCAGCGCUUUGCUCCUCGGAGUCACAACUCUGGGAACAAUCUCGCUGACGAGUGGUUUUUUCUUGACACCAAACGCCACCUUUGACGAUUAUAUCGCUCGAGUUCUACCUCUUUUUGGUGGAUUUAUCACCAUUCUCGGUGUCUCAGAGGCUGCUACACGGCUUACUGCGAACAAGUAUGGCGUUCGUCUCAGCCCAUCAUUUUUAAUUCCUUCGACAUGGACUGGAUGCCUCGGCGUUGUAAACAACUACGAGUCCACACUUCCCAGCAAGAAAGCACUCUUCGACAUUGCUGCUGCUAGAAUAACCAGUGCCUACGUUACGUCUUUUCUUCUUGCUGCAAUUGCGUUUUACCUCGAUCAAAGCCUCAACGGUGGUGAUAACGCUCUGUAUAUAAGGCCGCAGUUCUUCUUCAAUAAUCCUCUACUCUCCUUCAUCCAGUACGUGACUGGGCCUUACACCGACGAACUUGGAAACGUUCUUCCUCAAGCAGUGCCAGGUCUUGGUGUUCCGGUCGAUCCAUUAGCGUUUGCUGGCCUCCUUGGAAUCGUGGUGACAUCCAUGAAUCUCCUGCCCUGCGGGAGACUCGAAGGUGGCCGAAUCGCCCAAGCUCUCUACGGCAGGAGAGUGGCAAACAUUCUCUCUUUCUUCACAUCUCUAGCUCUCGGGGUUGGAGGCGUCACUGGGAGCGUGCUAAGCUUGACGUGGGGUUUCGUGGCUACGUUUUUCCGCGGCGGGGAGGAGCUCCCGGCUGAGGAUGAGAUCACACCAGUUGGAACGAGCCGCUACAUCUGGGGGUACGCUCUUGCAGUGUUUUGUUUGCUCACGCUCUUUCCAAACAGCGCUGGAACUUUUCCCAGUGUUCUUUACACCCCACCAUUCUUUAGGGGCGAUGGUGGUUUCUAAGCUAAAAAACAAAUUUUGAUUAUUAAAAGCCAUAAACCAGCACCAUCUGCUAUAUUCUCUCAGAUGGAUUUGUAUA